UUUACUUUUGACUUCGGCUCGGUCUGUUUAAUGGAGGCGUCUGUUUUGUUUUUAUUUUGAAAACACAUCACACACUGUUGCUAACCGACCGACUGAAGUAAACCAUUAACUGCUUCGUCAAACCGGAUUUUUUUUUUUUUUUGCCGCGUGUGAUACCGCGGAGCAUGUUGGAAGUGAAACGGUUUUUGUUAUUUGAGCCAUUUCUGUCACGGUAAUGGAGGAAAGUGUACGGGGCUGAGGUUAGCUUCACCAGCUAGCCGCCCUGGGUGGAGCACAGCACAGCACAGCACAGCAACAUGAGAGGAUUUAAUCCAUCACAAAGCUGAGAGUAGUCGAAACAUGGAUCGCAUUCAGGUGAAUUUGCGAAGUUUACCUUCCCAUGUAUUAGAUGCAGUGUUUCGACCCGAUACAGCACAAAACACCAGGUCACCAGAGAGCAUCAUCAGCCCUUUAACGUUUCCUAAAGCUAAAGUGCACCUUUGGGAUCCGACUCCGAAUGGAGAGCUCGUCAAUCUUCACCUUUCAUCCUGCAGAAAGCCCAGACUACUGCUCAUGGAGAAAGCGUUGCGUUUGGCUCAUCGUCAUGCACGACAGAGCAAGAAGCCUCAGUUUUCCUGUUUCCUUCUUGGGACACUAGCUGUGGAGAGCGAUGAGGAAGGCGUGACGAUCACUCUGGACCGGUUUGACCCUGGCAGAGAGCAGCCUGAUGGCUCCACAAAAUUUCCGACUGCUCUCCUCCCCGGUGACGUCCUGGUGCCAUGCUUGUUCAACACUCAGCAUGUUCCUGACAGCACUGUGUACUCUCCACGUGACCUGGACAUCACCUUUCAGAUGUUGGAGCAUUCCUGCAGCAGCAGAGAGGCGAUGGAGCUGUGUAAGCUGAUAAGUCUGCGUGUGCAUCUCAGCUGUGUGGAGAACAUGGACCGGCUCAGCUUCAGCCUGCACUGGGCCGGUGUGACAGUGGCCAGCUCGCUGGAGGCCGUCCCCGUGCGCGUGCUGCCUGUCAUCCCUACCGCGCUGGCCAGGAACCUGAGAAGCCCAGCCAGCAUGGCACAACCGCUACACUCGCACAGUAAUGCAAGGAGACGAGGGUUCCUGACCAUGGACCAAACCCGCAAACUGCUCCUCAUGCUGGAGUCGGAUCCAAAGGUCUACACGCUUCCUCUUGUUGGAGUAUGGUUAAGUGGUGUUACCCACAUUUACAACCCAAUGGUGUGGGCGUGGUGUCUCCGGUACCUGUACAGCUCCUCUCUCCAUGACAGAGUGAUGUCGGAGGACGAUGCGUUCCUGGUGGUCCUGUACUCGCUCACUCACCGGGAUCCUGAGUUUUACCAGUGCAAGCUGCGUGGGCCGAAGGACAUGAGUUUUCAGCUUCUCACCAGCACAGAAUCACUCACACUUUAUAAGAAUGUGGAGCCAGCAGAGGGACGUUUGCUGCACUUGGAACUCCGUGCUGAGAGCCAGAAUCAGGAGGCUGAGCUCUUUAAAGAGGCGCUGUCUCGUUCAGCAUUACUAAGAGCUGGAACUGCGUCUUCAGCUGCAGUUCAAAACAAAAUGUCCAUCAGUGAUCAUGACUCAGGAGUGGAAGAUGAGGAUCUCUCUCCCCGGCCGUCUCCUAACCCUCACCCUGUCAGUCAACAGGCGAGACACGUCCAGCCUUCUGUGCCAGAACUGUCCGUAGUUUUGGAUGGCAGCUUCCUUGAUGGGGUGGUUGUGGAAUCCCACGAGCGCGCACUCAUGCAUCCUGUCCAAACAAAUCCUCAGCUUAGGAACUGUAGCACUGGUACUCCACCCUCAAACCCUGCACUACGACCACCUGCUCAGAGUGUCGUGGCUGGCCCUCCACCCAUCAGGAGACCUCUGACCCCAGUAUUGUCCCAGCCGAAGCUCAGUAGAAAACAGUCCCCCAUCGGACACCAGCCCUCCACGUGCAGGAAAUCUGUUCCCUCUGUGGGCCGAAGAUCAAGCAAUGGCUUCUCUGCCUCAUCAUCUUCCUCGUUGUCGUCUUCACCCAAGACGGGCUCCUCCCCAAACGGCUCCCUGUAUGAGCGCGCACAGAGAUCUGGUCACCCAAACCCUCCAGCGCCAAACCAAAAGAGUAAAAAUGUGUCCCUCAAUCCAGAUCAUACACCUCUGCUGCCCCCUUCUCAGCACAUGGUGUUCCACAGCACUCCAGCUUUCAACCCUACCUGCAACUGCUGCCGUGCCCAUAUGCCCAUGUACCAAGGCAAUAUCUGGCAAGGGACUCAGUCUCAAUCUGUGCAGAACCCUGUGCAUUGUAAACCUGAAAGCAGUCCACAUCAGGACUGCUGUCUCUCCCCGACUGGGCCUGCGUUGUCUCUGGGGUGCCGCAUGUUGCCUGCUCAGGGUCCUGUGUGCCAUGUUGGCAUUCCCCAGCACUACUCUCCAUCACACGAGCCACACCUUCCCAACGCCAAUGCCUGUGGUGGCGCUCUGGACCAGACAGCACCCAUGUGCCAGGCCCAGUGCUGCCAGCCCCAGCCAGACAUAAGUAUGGGAGUCCUCCCUGCUGAUGCCUACAGGAUGUUGAUGGAGCAGGACCGGCAGCUGAAGCAACUGCAGACUCAGAUUCAGAAACUUCUUGAUGCCCAGAGCAAGGUGUCCGAGCCGCCGCAAGCCUCUCUAGAGAAGCAGCAGGAGCAGGCUGUUCAGACUGCAGCACUUUCUGAGCCCCGAAAGAAGACAAGUGUGAGCAUCGCAGUAGGAACAGGUGCCAGUUUGUUCUGGAGCGCUCCAGAACAAAGCUCCAUAAAUGAAGGACAGGGUCCUGAGUGUCAUUCUGAGGCCAGCAGCACAGGGUCCUUCAGACUCGGCUUGGGGAAAAUCCACCAAAACGGAGAGGAACAAGGCCCUGCCACACCUCAACACUCCGCAUCACCACAACAUGGCACACCAGAUGUAGCAGUUUCUUUUCAGAGUCCUAUGCUAGGAGAGUGUGAGAGCAUGUAUUAUAACUCUCAAAACACAGAGGACUUCUCUCAAAACGGAGAAAUACCCGACCAGAGAUUUUAUCACGAGUUACUGGGCCAAGUUAAAAGCCGCCUCCAAGACUCCAUAACUGAAGAAGAAAAAACGGAACGAGACGUGCACAGUCCUUGUCGCAGACACAGUCGGUCACUGAGAAAUUCUCCUCCUCCUCCAAACAAACCUGCACUCAGAGAGCAGAAUGCUGAGGGUUCAGAGGAGGACGAGGUGUUCAGUGCCACACUUAAACAGCUACGGAGCCUCGGCAUCAACGUGGAGCUCAAUAGAGGAACGUCCAACCGCAGCACUGUGGAGAGUGCCAGCACGCUGGCUUGUAUAAACCCUGAUGCGGUCAUUCCGAGGCUGACUCUCUCUGAGCCAGUGGGCACCAGCAUCUGGGGGCUGAACGGCAGCGUGGAUCUGAGUUUAGAAGCCAAUGCCAUCGCCCUAAAGUACCUCAGCGACUCUCAGCUGUCCCGCCUGUCGCUGGGAUGCCAGUCUCCUGGAGCUCGAGCCAACCCCGGCGCGCUGCUUUUUGCAAAGACUCCGCUGGAUAAGAGCAGCACCGGCCUGAGCAUCCUUUCCCCCAGCAACAUGUCACUAGCCACCUGCAAGUAUAUGAAGAAAUAUGGACUAAUGGAAGGUGGAGGCAGCAGCAGUGGAGAGGAAGAGGAAGACAGCGGGGAGACAGCACGGACAGCACAGGCUGACUCAGCGCUCGGCUGCUCCCUCCGUCUCGAUACAUCAGAAAACGUGGGGCGAGACCGGAAAACUGGUUUUAUUCUAAAAAAUGUUAAUAACAAGCAGCCUGAGCCACUUCUCUCCAAUCAAGACUCUCAAAGCCAGCUAAUACGAGACUUGCGGCCUAAAAUGCAGCUGCUUGCGUACACAAAGAUGAGCCCAGAUAAGGAGAACAACCCAAAACUCCUCCAACCUCAUCCUCCGCGCCGGUCCUCUUUGUCCGACAACCAGAGACUCUCAUCACUCCCAGAAACUCAAGGCUCUGUUGGGAAUUUUCUUGAUCUUAGCAGGUUGCGACAGCUCCCUAAACUGUUUUAAUUUUUUUUCCCCUCCUCAAAGCAGGAUUUGAAAGGAUCAGAAAUUGUUUUUAUCUUUUAAUCGUGCAUUUCUUCAAAAUGUACAUCUACCACUGUGCUUGUAUAUUUUAUACUUUUUUUUUAUGUAGAUAUAUUUUGGAGAGAUUCUUUUCGUGUGUGUGCGUGCACCUGUCUGUCUCUUGAUGUAAUGAGUUCUUUGAAAUGUAGGUCUUGUAGGCAUAAAUGAAAUGUCUUCCUCUGUUACUGUCUGAAAUGUAUAUAUAUAUUUUUGUUCUCUUUUAUUGUUUGGAGAAAGUGAUGCCAGUUGUUUUAUGAAUUAAAGAACCUUAAAGGAACAGUCCACCGUAC